AUGGCAUAUAGAAAACUAGAUCCAAUAUUUCAAUUAUAUGAUCCAAUUCUUUAUUCGUUUAAUAAGAAAAAAGAGGAUUACAUUAUCAUACCACCAACCGUUGGCUCUAGGUCUCAACUAAAUGAUGGGGAAACCAUCAAACACCCUGGGGAAUUUGAUACAAUGUUCAAAACAGUUUUAUAUCCUAAAGACUUAGAUUCAGUCUCAGGCCGGAUACCCGAUGUUGGCAAUGGAAAUGUUUUAAAAGAACCGGUAAGAAAUCUUGCAAAUGAUGCCGAUUUAGCUAGAGUGAGAGUUGUUGCUCGAAACACAAUAGAAAGAGUAGCACGAGCAACUAAUCAUGGAUUCGAAAAACGAGUACUUCAGUAUAAUAAUGUUGUUGAGAAUCAUAGGUGGGGUAAUUACGUAAAUUGGAAAUUAUAUCCUUUAUUCGGUCUGUUGAAACACAGAAAAGUUUCCAUAGGGUUACCAUAUAAAAUUCAUCUACGAAGAGAAAUCAAUGAUGAUAAGAUAUUCUUUGGAGAGAAUGCUUCAAAUGCAAAAUUAGAAAUAUCGAAUCUCCAACUUUACAUACCCGUAAUAACACCAUCAAUUGAAGUAGAAACGAGAAUAUUCUACUCAUUAACUAAGGAUAUUGAAAUAGCAUUUCUUCGUCGUAAUAAGGUAGGUAGUAUGACUUUAACUGGAGAAUCCACCACAUGGCUAAUCACUAACACUAUUAAACCAGCAAGAUAUUUAAUGGUUGGUUUCAAGAACUUACCAGAUUCUCAAACGAAUAACAAUUAUAUCUUUAGAGUAGCAAUGAACCAAAUUCAAGAUCCUAUAAUCCUAUAA